AUGCACCUCACGACCACCGUUCUUUCCGGUCUGGGCCUUUUUGCCCACCUCAGCGCUGCAGGCUACACGUUGCAGGCCGACUACGGCAACGAUGAUUCCUUUUUCAACGGUUUCGACUUCUAUACCGACAAGGACCCCACUGACGGCUACGUGAGCUACGUCGAUCAGUCGACCGCCUCUAGCAACGGUCUCAUCGGUACCGAUGGCGGCUCGGUCUACAUUGGUGUGGACCACUCCAACACCGCCUCUUCUGGUCGCCAGAGUGUUCGUCUGCAGAGCACUCAGACCUAUACCCAUGGUCUGGUGAUCUUGGAUCUCGAACACAUGCCUGGCAGUGUCUGUGGUACCUGGCCUGCCUUCUGGAUGCUCGGCAACAACUGGCCCAACAACGGAGAGAUUGAUAUCAUCGAGGGUGUCAACACUCAGUCCACCAACCAAAUGACCCUGCACACCAGCGAUGGCUGCUCCAUCAACGACUCCGGCUUCAGCGGUUCCCUCACCACCAGCAACUGCUACGUCGAGGCCUCAGACCAGUCCCCCAACGCCGGCUGUGCCAUCCAGGGCUCCAGCACCCAGUCUUUCGGCGACGGCUUCAACCAGGCUGGUGGCGGUGUCUACGCUACCGAGUGGACCAGUGAUGCCAUCAACAUCUACUUCUUCCCCAACUCCAGCGUCCCCUCCGACAUCACCAGCGGCAACCCCGACCCCUCGGGCUGGGGUACUCCCUCCGCCAGCUUCAGCGGCGGCUGUGACAUCGACUCUCACUUCAGCGAACUCCAGAUCGUCUUCGACAUCACCUUCUGCGGUGACUGGGCCGGCGACAUGUGGUCCUCUAGCACCUGCUCUUCCUACGCUAGCACCUGCAACGACUACGUCGCCGACAACCCUUCCGCCUUCGAGCAGACCUACUGGGAAAUCAACUCUCUGAAGGUCUACCAAGACAGCAGCUCCACCAAGCGUGACAACAUCCCCGAGCCUCACGCCAAGGCCGCCAUCCGCAUCGACGCCAACGAGCCCGUUGAGGAGCCCAAGUCGAAGCGUUCGGCUCCCUACGUUCGCCCUGCUCCUCGCCCCGCCUGGAAGCACCGCCGUGACGCCUUCAAGCACGGCCACGGCCACGGCCACAGCCACUAA